UAAUACAGUGCGGGCACAAAUCAACCGUAGGUACUCUAUUAGCUCCAUUAUUAAUUAUCGUAAACUCUCUCUUCGUCUUAGGGCGUUGAACGUGCAAGAAGGUCUUAACUUCUAAUUAUUGCAGCAAUCAUCUCGCUAAACGUAAAAAGCCCGCUCGCUAAGCGUUACGACAAUGAAAUCCCGCGGACUGAUGAUAGCGCUAUGCAUCUGUGUGAUAGCGGCAAGCACGUACUCCGUAGAACUUCACUCACAGGAAGAAGACAUAGUGGUGGCGAGCGGACUUCAGAGAGAACGCAGGAGCCUCGAUACCAGUACCGACAGGCCGAAUGAGCCUAUCAAAAUGACGGAAAUGCGCGUGCGCUCCGAAAUAGCGCUGCGCUACGCACGCACAUCUGUGAUCACACACGUGCACAACCCCGACAUGCGGCCGCAGGAGGCCUCGUUCCACAUGCUGCUUCCGGACUCCGCUUUCAUCAGUGGAUUUACAAUGAUUAUUGAUGGAAAAUCAUACAAAGCUUUUGUUAAGGGAAAACAAGAAGCUAAACAAAUGUAUACUCAAGCAGUAUCGCAGGGCAGUGGUGCAGCUCACAUUGCUACUAAAGCUCGUGACUCCAACCACUUCACGGUGUCAGUCAACGUAGAAGGCAACACUACAGCUGUCUUCGACUUGAGAUACGAAGACUUCCUAGUCAGCCGUAACGGACUGUACAGUCACGUCAUCAACCUUCACCCUGGCGCUCUUUUGCCAAGAAUUGAGGUCGUAGUUCAUAUCAAAGAAUCACAAAAGAUCACAAAACUACAUGUUCCCGAAAUGAGGACUGGUAAUGAAAUUGAUGCGACGCAGAACAAUGCGCAAAACUCUAAGGUUGUUAUUCAAAACGGUACUAACGAGAGAGAAGUAACCAUCACUUUCACUCCUGACCUACCAGAACAGAGGAGACUUGCUAAAAUAUACACGGAAAAGAGCAAAGGUAAUGUUGCCAGUACAGCGCUCGGACAAUUUGUGGUGGAGUACGACGUACAACGAUCUAAUGAUGGUGAAAUCUUGGUAAACGAUGGCUACUUUGUACAUUUCCUGGCACCGACUUCGCUACCGCCACUGAGCAAGCACGUUGUGUUCGUGCUAGAUACAUCGGCGUCUAUGUACGGCCGAAAGAUCGAACAACUGCGAAAAGCUAUGGAUACCAUUCUCUCCGAUCUACAUCGAAACGACUACUUCAGCAUCGUUAAAUUUAACACCGAUGUUAAGAUUCUUGAAUUGAAGGAAGCUGAUAGUGAAGCGCAUUUUUUAGACUUCAACACAAAUAACUCUCCAGCACCCGCACUUGCCUCGCUGCAUAAUAUUGAUAAAGCGAAAUAUAUUAUUUCCAGUUUAUAUGUUGAAGGAGAAACUAACAUUUACAGAGGGCUCGAAGCGGCUUUGAGUCUUAUAAAAAAGGGUGUUAAUCAAGGAAAUGAAAACGCUGUAGAUGAGCCAGUUAAAAAAAGAAAGCACUUGGAGCCUAUCAUCAUCUUUUUGACGGACGGCGAGGCCAAUACCGGUGAAAGAAACACCAAAAAAAUAAUUUCACUUGUAAGUGAAAAAAACUCCGGCGAUACAAGAGCAACUUUAUACUCACUCGCUUUCGGAAAUAACGCGGACCGCGGUUUCCUGCGUAAGCUCUCGCUCCGCAAUGACGGCUUCAUGCGGCACAUCUACGAGGCAGCUGACGCGGCGCUACAGCUCCACGACUUCUACGAGCAGGUGUCCUCGCCGCUCCUCUCAGACGUGAAGUUUCUUUACCCAAAAUCUCAGGUAAAAGAAGGGUCUGUGAGCCGUCAUCGGUUCCGCACUAUUAACGCGGGCUCGGAGGUGGCUGUAGUGGGAAAGCUUGCGGAUGACACCACCGAGUUAACACCGCGAAUUGUCGGCUUCAGCGGCAAUGAAGAUGACCAGGGCCGGAAACGCUAUAAAAUUACUCCCAAAGUGGCUGUGACUCGCACAAAGGACGAGUACUUGCCACUCGAGCGGUUGUGGGCGUACCUCACCAUCAAGCAGCUUUUGGACAAGCGCGACGCUGGUGAGGACCACAGCACUGACAAAAAAGGCCCCGGGAAAAAGGCUCUAGAUAUAGCGCUUAAGUAUGCGUUCGUAACACCCCUGACUUCACUAGUAGUUGUAAAGCCGAAUGAAACCAACACUGCGGAUGUACAGCCUGCUGACAAACCAUCACUCCCGUCACGGCCGUCAUCUUUAUUGACGCCAUUCACGCAGAAGCCGUGGCGUUCUGCUUCACCGCGGCGAAAUUUAGGAUUUUUUAAGCUGCACAGUGAUUACAGUUUUUACCGAAGAAAAAGUGCUUUGCACUUUCACGAUUCAGUUGCAAAUAUCGUCGCACCCGCUAUAACUACAAGUAAAACAACUACUGGUACUCAAGCGCCAACUACAGCCUCAAAUGUAAACUACCACUUAGAUGGCUUUGAAUGGACAUCUUCAAUGCUCAACAGCAGCACUGGCGCACUUACAGUACUCGGAGAAAAUGGUACACAAGUCAUCCUUCAGUUGACGACGGACGUUGAUCCGCCAAAAAUGCAAGGUGGAGACGGGGAGUGCUUGAACAGCACGUCAACGUCAGCAGUAGGGGCGAAUGAGAACGCAGGCAGUGUCUGCGUGUACCUCACGCGAUGCUACGCCGCCCGGAGCAUCACUGCUGAUGACUAUAAGAAGAGCUACUGUAUUGUCAACAACGGAUAUGCUGGUGUCUGCUGUGCAAAGGACGAAGUUGACAGAAUCCCUUAAUUUUGUUAAUUAAUUGUUUUUUCAUCUUUAUUUAUUUUAUAUUAAUUCUUUAGUAAACAU